AUGGCAGCCCUGGGCCUGGGUGGGGCCCGGCGGGGGCCGCAGGCGCCGAGUGGCCUUGCCAAGCCCCGCCAGCGAGAACCAGGGGAGGCUGCGAUACUGCUGCAUUGUGCUGCAUCACGGGCGGGCGCCGCGGCGGCUCCGCGACCCGAGGCGGCUCCCGCCCAGCCCUGGGAGAGCGGGGACGGCAGGGAGGGCGGGGGGCGGGCGCGAGGAUGGGCGGGGGUGGGGGCGCCGGGCCGCCGCCUCCGUUUCAGCUGCAGCGCGGCGCAGCCGGGACCACGCCUGGCCGCAUCUCCCGUACCGUUACGCUCAAAGCCCGGCCCUGUCAACACCGCCCCCGCUCGCCACCAGCCGGGGCUAGAGAGAGGGCACCCGAAAAUACACCCUCCCGUCUGCCCACUUCGCAACCACCCCCGCGCCGGGGGCCGCUGCGCCCGGCUGGAGGGAGGAGGCGGCGGAGGCGGGGAAGGAAUCGGCCCCAAUGCGUCCAGGGAUGAGGCUGGGCGGCCGCGGUGCGCACGGCUGCUCUGCGACCGCCUCACUGCGGAGCCCGCCGCCCCCCGCCCCCCGCCCCCCGCCCCGCACCGCCCGCGUACUCAGACGCCACUGGAGACCCGGCUCCCCGCGCCGCCCCCGCCCGGGCUCUACAGCUUCCCCGCCCCCACCCCGCUCCCCGGGCGCAGGGCAACGGCGGGACAGCCGCGUCCUCCCGGCCUGGGCCCGCGCCCCUCCUCCCGCCGCCCAGGAGCCAGCCCGGGAGACAGCCCCAGUUCUGCCCAGCCUGAUGAAGACCGGUGGUGACCUCUCCGUGGGAAACCUGGGCGAUGGAGGGAAGGCGGUUGUUCCUCGGCGAAGUCAAGAUCUUCCUCCUUUAUGAGUGAUUUUUCACCCUUUCCCUCGGGGUAGCUGGUAAUAGACCCUACAAGUGGUUCGUCCAACUCUUGCCUCUCUCGCCGUGAAGCCGGCUCACUUUAGCCUGAUUCGGGUGCCCUUCCCGAGCCACUCCUAGGAAGUGGGGACGUCCCGGGUGCGGUGGAGGCCCCGCGAUGGCCUGAGGGCUUGAGUUCUCCCCCUACCCAUGUACCGUGAGAUGGACACGGGACGUUUCCUCGAGACUUGGCAAGUGCUAGAGCCGAUUCUCAACCAGCUUGCCUACCCUCGCAAUCCCCGAAGCUAUGUAGAAAUUCUGGAACCGCCACUGUUGAGGAGAAAAGAUGGUGUCAUCACCAGGACCACGAAUAGAAAUGCUCUUUAGAAAACAGCCUGGAGAAACUGACUUUCUGCCUGCUCUGUAAGUGCCCAAAGCGGCACCCUAAGCCUUCAGAGCGAAGAGGGGCCUUCUCCGUUGUUUAAAAAAAGCCCUAAGGCUUUUCUCCUAAAGAUCUGACCCUCAAUACCUGAAUAAAAAUUUUUUCAAAAAAUAAAUAAUAAUGAUGAUAAUAGUCAAACAGCUAGGAUCAUGCUUAUGUCUCAAAUCAGUAGACAUGAUGGAUUUAUAUUUUUGUAUGUAUUUUUCAUGAAUCUUUUAAAAUAAAACUAAACAAAAUAGUC